AUGCAAAAUCAGAAGUCAAUUGAAACCCAACAGUCUGUGAUGCAAACAAGGCAGAUUUCAGGAAGUCUGAGUUUCACUGGGAUCAUGACAAAAGAAGAGGAAGAAAUGUCGAAAUCUGCUCUUUUGACAUUUAGGGCUAAAGAGGAGGAGAUCGAGAAGAAGAAAAUGGAGGUGAAGGAGAGAGUUCAAGCACAGUUGGGUCGAAUUGAACAAGAAACUAGGCGUUUGGCUACAAUCAGGGAGGAACUCGACGCCCUAUCAGAUCCUAUGAGAAAGGAAGUUUCACUGGUUCGCAAGAAGGUUGAUUCGGUCAAUAAGGAGUUAAAACCACUUGGACAAACAUGCCAGAAGAAGGAGAGGGAGUACAAAGAAGCCCUCGAAGCUUUCGAAGAAAAGAACAAAGAAAAAGUACAGUUGAUCACAAGAUUGAUGGAGCUGGUAAGUGAAAGCGAGAAAACGAGAAUGAAGAAGUUGGAGGAGCUGAGCAAGAACUUAGAAACGCCACGCAUAGCCUAA